UAUCGAUAUCUCGAUAUUAAUUUAAAAAAAAAAAACAAAAAGUUUUUACCGGCAGAGUUUCAGAUUCCGAGAAAAAGGAACAAAAUUAAAAAUAAAAAUUUCUUAAAACACAAAUUCGAAUUUGUCACCGAAAAUUAAACCAAAAAUUACAUAAAUUACACUCGCGCUGCGGCUUAACCUAAAAGUCGAAGUUUGAAUUAAAAAAUGACUGGAAACAGUGAGAUGGAGGAAUCCUCAGUUGCUGCUGAGAAAAGUUGUUCAAAUAAUCCUCUGGAGCAGUUCGUCCUUCUGGCAAAGACUGCAAAAGGUGCCGCGGCUCUGCAGCUGGUGAAGCAGGCGAUCGAAGCACCAGGAGUCAACGUCUUCGGGGAAUUACUGGACAUGCCGAAUAUAAAAGAGCUAAAGAAUGGCGCGCAUGCUCCAUACUGGAACACAUUGAAUUUAUUUGCCUAUGGAACUUACAAAGAAUACCUCGAGAACAAAGACAACUUCCUGGAGUUGACGGGAACUCAGAAGAAAAAACUCCAGCACUUGACGAUCGUCACGUUGGCGGAAAAGUCCAAGUGCAUUCCGUACUCGGUUCUGCUGACGGAGCUGGGGAUUGAUAACGUCAGAGAGCUGGAGGAUUUGAUCAUCGAGGCUGUGUAUGCGGACAUCAUCAAUGGAAAGUUGGACCACAAGAAUUCGCAGCUGGAAGUUGAUUACGCGGGUCUGGGUCGCGAUGUUAAGCCGGGAGAGACUGGAGCUGUGAUGGAAACUUUGGAGGCCUGGGGCCAGACAUGUGAGAAAGUGCUGGCUUGCAUUGAACAGCAGGUCAUCACGGCUAAUAAUGAUAAGAGAGUUGCUACUGCUCAUAAGGAACAGGUCCAGCAGGAUAUUGCAAAUAUUAAAAAAUCAUUAAUGGCACAAGCUGGUGGUGGAGGAGUACAGGAAGCAGACGUUGCCGGGGGUAGCUCUGCUACAGGAAGUGAAGCAACAAGAGAAGCGAUGUCCCUUUCAACGGACAUGAAAAAAAAACCCCAAAAGUCAAAAGGUAUCCGUGACCGCAGCAAGUUUUGGAAAACUUAACUUGUCUAUUAUAAAACUUUAUUAUCAUUAUUAAGAUUCUAUUACUGUAAUUACUGAUAAUUAUUCCCUUAAUUCAAUUUUAUAUUUGAAAUUUAAAAUCCGUAGCUUUUUUUUACCCGAUACUUUUUUCAAAAAUUAUGUUAGUGGAUAAUGUAUUUAUAACAAUAGAAAUAAAAGUCU